UCUGCUAAACUACGUAGAAUUUCAUCAUCUGACAUUUGGCAAAGUAAUGAAAUUCAUAAGUUUGGUUAUCGUAGCAAUAGCCUGUUUUAUCCUAGUAUUGUCUAAAGAAAGUAAACGGGAAUGGAGUUAUGUGUUUUUGGGAAUCAAAGGAAACUCAACUAAUACUAGCUUGAUCGACACAAAAGGUAAAGCAGAGAGAAUUAGCCGUGGACUUUAUGGAAUAUCGGGAUAUCACACUAUGCAUAAGGAUGUGUUGGAUGAUAACUAUUUCGUGGAAGUGAAAAUUUACUGCAGUUUUCAGGGCAAUGAUAACUUGCAUUUAACUCCAUUUUAUGUGCCUCCUACGAAUGUGCUGGUUUAUGCAAAUGUCUAUUUUAAAAAAUAUUUGAUGCGUUCUACUUCAAAUUGUUCCAAUCUACCACUAUUUGGUGAUAAUGUCGAUAUUACCUAUGCCGAUAUUCCAUUGAACAUAACACUAAGUAGAUGCUUACUGAAUAUAUCCGAUUUUCCGAGUUUUGUGCAGAAAGGUUACUACCGAAUACUAACAUCCACGUAUCGCACAAAGCCACCAUUUGUGAACGCAUUUAUAAUGAUCGAUUUUAAAGUUGAUGGAAUUUAA